UGAUGAGCUAGAAUUUGUACUUCAUUUUUGUAUAAUUUUAUCACAAUUCUAUGCUUAUUAUUUGCCUAAUUGAGAGGUUGAGAUUUAUAUUUUGUGUAAAAAUGAUUUUUACCGGUGAGAACUUUUAUUGAAGGAUUUGAGGAUUUUUGGAUUGAUUUUUGGAGAUUUUUCCUUUUCAAAGGGUUGUUGGAAAAUUAAAAGAAGUGAGCCAAAUACUUUUUGUUUUGAAGGACUGCUCAGCAAACAAAAAUGAAAAAGAGGAUUACUCCUCUAAGUGACGGCAGCCACUUUUUAGAAGAAGAAAUAAGAGUCUAGCAAAGGAGAAUUGCUCCUCUUAACUUACGAACCAGCAACCCAAUCCAGAAAAAAAAUAGGCCCAAGAACAGAUAGAAGGCUGGGUAGCGAAGACAGAAGAGCCGAAGCCGGUAGGGCAGCAGUGACGCAGGAGGAAGCUGGCGGCGAAGAGCGAGGAGCCAAGUGCCGAAGGAGGUGUGGGAUUAGAUUGCGUCUGGAAGGAAGAGGAUCUCCUGAUUUCAGCCGAGUAAAGAAGCAGUCCUGAGCUUUCUUCAUUGAGAAAGUUAGCAAAUAAAUUCAGAACAUUGCUCCAAAAAUUCUGGUUUGAAUCAGCGGCUAUCCUUCAUAUUCUUGACUUCUUUUUUUUACUUUAAUUGUUCGAGUAUGGGACAAUUGGUUAAUGUCUUUGUUGUUAAGAUGAACUCUUUAUUUCCUACCUUUUUGCUAGUACUUUAUUUCAGUAUGAAUAGCUAAAUUUCUUAAGUCCAGGACUAUGAUAAAGUUGCUAUGAUUUAGUAUAAAAUUGUGAUUUUGAUUAUGUCAAUUGAUUGAGUUGUAUCCAUUGUUCUUAUUCGCUUAAUUUGUUGUGUUAACUUCUGGCCAACUUUAAUAUGAUUAAUGAAGUUGUUUGAGUGGAUUAAUAGAGUACACGCCAUGCCUAUUAGUUCGAGCUCUUUUGGAUAAAAGAAUAGAUAAUUUGAUUGUCUUGUUAAGUUAUCUAUUUGGUUCUUAAAUCGGGUUUCCGUAGUUCUAUUGUGAUUAUUGGAUUUUAACUAUUGAAUUAAUAAUUUCCUGUUAAUUAAUAGUUAAAGUACGUGACUUAUUCUGGACGCCAUACGGAAUAGUCAUAUUUUUGCCUAGAACGAACCCUCAAUUCUAAUUGACUAACUAAAUCACAAAUACUAAAAAUUAGCGACUGAUUCAUAAUCCUGGACUAUCUUUUCUCUUGCUUAAUUCUCAAUCAAUUUCACAUUAUUUGUUUAAUUACUUUAUUUUUGUUCAAUUAAAUCCCUUGCAUUCAUUUUAAUUCACUCUUUACUUUGUCAGUUUAAAACCAAACAAGUUUAAAACUCAUUUUAUUUAGUUAGGUUAAUUUCACUUUUAUUUUUAUUAAUUAAUAGUUUUCCAAUUACUUGGUUGCAUUUUCCCCGUGGAUUCGACCCUUACUUGAGCACUGUACUACCGCGACUCGUGCACUUGCGAGGACUAUUAUUAAAUUGUCUAUCAAUUUUUGGCGCCGUUGCCGGGGAAUUUGUUUAACUAGUUUUUUGGAAAAUUGUUAAUUUUGUUUUAUUUAGUUAGUUGUGUUUGUUUUUCUUUUUUUUCGUUUUUUUUUUGUAUGCUUGGUCGCAGGUCACUUAAUCCAGAUUUGAUUCCGCUGAACGAUCAAGUAGAUUUAAUUGGCAAAAGGAUAAAGAGGAGGCUCAAAUUUGCUUCUAAUCCAACAAUGGGUGACGCUACACUGAUGAAAGAGUUCGGGAGACCAACUGUAGGUGUCUCCCCAUCCUGCAUUGUACUGAGUGAGGCUGCUCGAAACUAUGAUCUAAAGACGGUUCACUUUAACCAAUUGCCAUCUUUUCAUGGGCUUUCAUCUGAGGAUGCCCUGAUUUUUAUUCGAGACUUCUAUGGCAUUGUUCAGAAUUUCCCCUUGCAAGGAGUGACUGAAGAUGAGCUGAGGAUGAGGUGCUUUCCGUACACUCUCAAAGAUGCUGCUAAGACAUGGUUUAUGUCUUUGACACCUGGUUCCCUGCGCACAUGGGCUGAUGUCUACAAUAAAUUCAUUGGCAAGUAUUAUUCUCAGUCAAAAACUUCAGAAUUAAGAAGAAAAAUUGCCAAUUUUACUCAAGCUGAAGGUGAGCCAUUUCAUGAGGCGUGGGAGAGAUUUAAGAUGCUGCUCACUCAAUGUCCACACCACGGUUAUUCAUUGGCGCUCCAGAAUCAGACCUUUUAUGACGGUUUAAACCAAGGAUGUCAAGCUAUUGUUGACAACGCAGCUGGAGGAGCAAUGGGAGAGAAGACCGCAGAACAGACUUUAGAGCUUUUUGAUAUGCUCGGAGCCAAUUCACAACAGAAGCGUGUGUGUGGCAGAACUCCAGGAAUUUAUGAAGUGGGAGUUGGGACAGAACUAGCCAUCCAGAUGUCCGAGUUGUCCAAACAGAUGAAGAAUAUGUGCUAUGUGAUGACAAUGAGCAUGUCUACUCCCGUUGUGCAUGCAGUACCUGAAGCUGGUUUUGAGCAAGCUCAUAUGAUGAACUCCUACAAUCACGGGCCAAGAAAUGAGCCAUUCUCAAACUCUUACAAUCCCGAUUGGAGGAACCAUCAUAAUUUCUCUUGGAGUAACACACAACAAAGCAACCAGCCAUCACCUGUCCAAAAGAAGCCUGCUUUGGAGGAUACUUUGCAAACUUUCAUGCAAAUCUGCACCCAAAAUCAGCAAGCAAACGAUCAGCGUUUUCAGCGCACCGAGGCCUCUUUGAGGAAGCUAGAGAUACAAGUUGGACAGAUUGCUGAGUGUUUACAAGGCCAUGUGCAAGGGAAGCUACCGAGCCACACCGAGGAGGCAAAAGCUAUCACGGUUCUGAAGGGUGGGAAGAUAAUUGAGAAAGAUGAAAGGCAGCCCAUUUUGAAGCCACCAGAAGAGGUAGAAGCUGAAAAUAAAGAACUUGAAGCUGAAUCAGUGAAUGAGGAGACCGGGCUGCACGAAGCUGAAGAUCCAUAUGUGCCGCCUAAGCCAUAUGUUCCACCCGUUCCUUUUCCAAACAGGUUAAAAAGUUCUAAGCUUAACAGUUCUUUUGAAGAGAUUUAUAAGUUGUUGUCCAAAGUUAAUGUGAACUUGCCUCUUCUUGACAUGAUAAAAAACAUGCCUGCCUACGCUAAGUUUUUGAAAGAAUUGAGCACUAGAAAGCGUAGGUAUGAACCAAAUGAAAAAGUUUUUGUUUCUAAGGCUGUUAGUGAUGUUUUACAAAAAGAUUUGCCCCCGAAAUUAGAGGACCCUGGCAGUUUUAUAAUCAACAUUAAUUUAGGGAAUUCUAAAUCUGAAAAAGCAAUGCUUGACUUGGGGGCAAGUAUUAAUUUGAUGCCUUAUUCUGUUUACUUGAAAUUAGGGCUGAAUGAGCUUAAAUCUACUACUAUGUCCCUACAGCUUGCUGACCGCUCUAUUAGAUAUCCUAGGGGCAUUGUAGAGGAUGUUUUAGUUCAAGUUGAUAAGUUGAUCAUUCCUGCUGAUUUUGUGGUUUUGGAUAUGGAUGAUCAGUGCAAGUAUGUGAAAGACAUGCCAAUUUUACUUGGUAGACCUUUUAUGGCUACGGCAAAAACUAUGAUUGAUGUUCAAAAUGGAAAAUUGACUAUGAGUGUGCUUGACGAGACAGUUGAGUUUUCCAUUUUGAAAUCAAUGAACAUGUCAGCUGAUUCUAGUUGUUGCUUUGCACUUGAUAUUCUUGAUCCUAUUGUUCCUUUGGACAAGUUGCAGGAAGAUGAACUUGAGAAUCAUGCUUAUGAGAGUGCGGAAGUUUGCAAGAAGCGCACUAAUCUUUUUCAGCACAAGUCCAUUUUAAGGAAAGAUUUUAAACCUGGAAUUAAAGUGCUAUUGCUUGACUCUCGUUUAAGAUUUUUUCAGGGGAAAAUAAAGUUUAAGUGGACUGGCCCGUUUGUGAUUCGCCAAAUUUUUCCCGAUGGUGUAAUUGAGCUUAUAAAUCCAAAAUCCGGGAAUAUUUUUAAAGUGAAUGGUGAGAGAGUGAAGAGAUAUUCAUGUGGUGGAGAUUUGGUGGAGCGAGUUGAAAAUCUUGAGCUUUGGGAACACUGUUGCUCUUGUUGUGUUUAAUCACAUGCUUUAAAAAAAAAUAUUAAAAAAAACCAAAAAAAAAAAAUCAUUCUCUUAAUUCUGUUUUUCCCCUCCCCAUACUGUUCUUUUCUUUCUUAGUUUUUUAGUUUUGCAGAUAAUAUUGAAGAUGUUUCGUUCCUGUUCGUAGUGCAUCAGGGAGUAUUUCUUUUCCUUUUUAUCAUUCUUUCAUUGUGCAUAAUGCUUGAAAUAAGUGUGGGGGAGGAGUAGCUCUCGUUUUUUGUUUUAUUUUAGUCACAAAAACAAAUAAAAAAAUCAGAAAAACUGAAAAAAAAAACUGUUUUCUUGUUUGGAUUUGAGGGAAAUGUAAUUUCAGGAUUACUUCUUUGGCUUCAAGCUGUGAAAAUUUUCCCUUUCAUUGGUAUGUGGUAUGAUUGGUGGUCUACAUGGUAGAUUUUCUCUUGAGUUUGAUCGAGUCCUUCACAUUGUUUUUACUUGGAGUCAAUUUCUUAGUUCCAUGUGUCAUUAAUUUCGGUGUAUGUCUCAAUUCUUUAUGAUCUUUUAGGAUGCAUCUCUAACUCUCUAGGAAUAAGUGCGAGUCCUUUGUCGUUUAGUUAGCAUGAUAGAACUUGUCUUGUUGCUCUUUUGGAAGCUAAGUUAUUGUGCAAAUUGACUGAGAAGUGAUCUAGGCCAUUUUUCAUAACCAGAAACUUUUUAGCCUACCCCUUUGAGCCUACUUGGUCUUAAAGCAUUCUACCAUGCUUUUGACUAAUAAUUUUUUCUUUAUUACCCAUCAAUAUUGACCCUGAACCCAAAUAGCCAAAAUUAUCCCUCACCCUUGAGUUGACAGUUUUUUUUUACUUAAAUUGUGACUUGGAAGAGUUUACAAUUUUUUUGGAGCAUUUUUUUCCCCGGCAGUUUGUAUAGAUGUAAAAUUGUAUAGAUGUAAUAUUGUUAGAGCAGUUUGAUAUUUCUUUUUAGAAGUAGUGUUGAUGUAGCAUUCAAAAAAAGAAUUGAAAAAAGCAAAAUAAAAGAAAAAAACAGAAAAGAAAAAAAAGAAGAAGAAGAAGAGUUGAGUUGAAGUUUGUAUUCAUUUCACUUUUUGUAUGUACUUCAUUGUCUUAGAAGCCGGUUGAUUGUUGUAAUAGUUUUUUUUUUGUGCUCCGUUACCAUGUUUUUGAACUCUUCCUAGGAUCAGUUUAGUACAUAAAAUGUCUUCUCUUUUGUUUGAAUUCCCAUAACCUUUCUUUCAUUAGCCCAUUACCCCUGGCCACGUUACAACCCGAAUAAAAGUCCUAAGUGAUCUUGAUUAGUUUGUGCUUUGAUAAGGUGGAAGGAAGAGCAUAAGAUGACAAUAGAGUGUUGAUUGAAUGACUUGGGACUUAACAUAAUUUCCGUGAAAGUUACUUGAGCAUUUCACUAGGUCAUUUAGAAUUGUAAAAUACAUCUCUAUUAAUGACAUGAGAGUCUUGGUAAUUGCCUUUUGAGUUUGACAUUGUGGUGGAUACUUGAUUCGAAUUUUUUUGGGGAUAUCUUGUCAUGGAGGGGUUUGUUGGAAUGCUUGGUGAGUGGAAGAGAAUAUUGAUCACUGGUUGCCGAAUUAGUUUCUUGAUUUUAAUUUUCCUUGAGGACAAGCAAAAUGCAAGUGUGGGGGAGUUUGAUGAGCUAGAAUUUGUACUUCAUUUUUGUAUAAUUUUAUCACAAUUCUAUGCUUAUUAUUUGCCUAAUUGAGAGGUUGAGAUUUAUAUUUUGUGUAAAAAUGAUUUUUACCGGUGAGAACUUUUAUUGAAGGAUUUGAGGAUUUUUGGAUUGAUUUUUGGAGAUUUUUCCUUUUCAAAGGGUUGUUGGAAAAUUAAAAGAAGUGAGCCAAAUACUUUUUGUUUUGAAGGACUGCUCAGCAAACAAAAAUGAAAAAGAGGAUUACUCCUCUAAGUGACGGCAGCCACUUUUUAGAAGAAGAAAUAAGAGUCUAGCAAAGGAGAAUUGCUCCUCUUAACUUACGAACCAGCAACCCAAUCCAGAAAAAAAAUAGGCCCAAGAACAGAUAGAAGGCUGGGUAGCGAAGACAGAAGAGCCGAAGCCGGUAGGGCAGCAGUGACGCAGGAGGAAGCUGGCGGCGAAGAGCGAGGAGCCAAGUGCCGAAGGAGGUGUGGGAUUAGAUUGCGUCUGGAAGGAAGAGGAUCUCCUGAUUUCAGCCGAGUAAAGAAGCAGUCCUGAGCUUUCUUCAUUGAGAAAGUUAGCAAAUAAAUUCAGAACAUUGCUCCAAAAAUUCUGGUUUGAAUCAGCGGCUAUCCUUCAUAUUCUUGACUUCUUUUUUUUACUUUAAUUGUUCGAGUAUGGGACAAUUGGUUAAUGUCUUUGUUGUUAAGAUGAACUCUUUAUUUCCUACCUUUUUGCUAGUACUUUAUUUCAGUAUGAAUAGCUAAAUUUCUUAAGUCCAGGACUAUGAUAAAGUUGCUAUGAUUUAGUAUAAAAUUGUGAUUUUGAUUAUGUCAAUUGAUUGAGUUGUAUCCAUUGUUCUUAUUCGCUUAAUUUGUUGUGUUAACUUCUGGCCAACUUUAAUAUGAUUAAUGAAGUUGUUUGAGUGGAUUAAUAGAGUACACGCCAUGCCUAUUAGUUCGAGCUCUUUUGGAUAAAAGAAUAGAUAAUUUGAUUGUCUUGUUAAGUUAUCUAUUUGGUUCUUAAAUCGGGUUUCCGUAGUUCUAUUGUGAUUAUUGGAUUUUAACUAUUGAAUUAAUAAUUUCCUGUUAAUUAAUAGUUAAAGUACGUGACUUAUUCUGGACGCCAUACGGAAUAGUCAUAUUUUUGCCUAGAACGAACCCUCAAUUCUAAUUGACUAACUAAAUCACAAAUACUAAAAAUUAGCGACUGAUUCAUAAUCCUGGACUAUCUUUUCUCUUGCUUAAUUCUCAAUCAAUUUCACAUUAUUUGUUUAAUUACUUUAUUUUUGUUCAAUUAAAUCCCUUGCAUUCAUUUUAAUUCACUCUUUACUUUGUCAGUUUAAAACCAAACAAGUUUAAAACUCAUUUUAUUUAGUUAGGUUAAUUUCACUUUUAUUUUUAUUAAUUAAUAGUUUUCCAAUUACUUGGUUGCAUUUUCCCCGUGGAUUCGACCCUUACUUGAGCACUGUACUACCGCGACUCGUGCACUUGCGAGG